ACUCUGUGUGUGGAGCCAACCGAUUCCAGCAGGGGCCUGUCUGUAGAGUGAGAGGAGGUGAUGGAGAAAUUAGACUGAGGGAUACACGUGUAAAAGCACAUAUGUGGUUUCUCCAAAAAACCAAUAGUCGUAAAAAAUUCAAAGACUCUUGAGACGUGAUUGAAUGUGGUCCGUGUAUGAAAUGAAGGAUUGUGGGGAGAACACGUAAUUGAUUCAUGCUAUUACACUCCCUCUCUCUUUUCCGACUUCUUCCAUACCUUCACUCUCCCAAUGUCUGCUGGUGCUUCCUCUUCUGGUUUGCCUUCCGACGAUUUCAACGAUGUCGAGGACUUCAAUUGGGUCAAUGAAGGCGAGGGACUAUCGAAGCGGGACCGAUAUCCUGAGUUGUUGGAUCUCGUAAAGAAGGGCAAUCGUGCGUUCCGAGAAAAUCGAAUGGAGGAGGCGAUCAAUUGUUACACAAAAGCCAGUAACAUCCAGCCAAAUGAUGCUGUUAUCCUCAGCAACCGAUGUGCUGCUUAUAUCAGGAUUAGCGACUUUCUUAAACAAAGAACUCCGACAGAUUCUGAAUAUAGACCAUUGAAUGGGCUGGAUCCUACCAUACACGCUGAACUUGCUUUAAAGGAUGCCACAAGGUUGGUGGACUUACGAAGUAAUUCAGUAAAACCAUACAUCUUCAAGGCUAAUGCUCUCAUUUUGUUGGAAAAAUAUGAUCUGGCUCGAGAAGCUAUUCUUUCAGGCCUUCAGGUUGACCCUCUAAGCAAUGCUCUUCAGGUUUCCCUUCAGAAGUUGGAGAAAGCAACAGCCAGUCUAAACCACAGAGGCCGUGGGAAGCCAGAACGUAGUGAUGACUUUGAUUGUACACUUUGCCUUAAGUUAUUAUUUGAACCUGUAACAACUGCUUGUGGCCAUUCUUUUUGUCGCUCUUGCCUAUUUCAGGCAAUGGACUGUAGUAAUAAAUGUCCACUAUGCCGAAUGGUUCUUUUUAUCAAUCCUAAAACAUGUUCAAUCAGUGUUACAUUGAACAAUAUAAUACAGAGGAACUUUCCAGAGGAAUAUGCUGAAAGGAAGUCAGAGCAUGAAAGUUUAACAAACUUCGGCUUUGAUCUGCUGCCUCUUUUUGUCAUGGAUGUUGUUCUCCCAUGUCAGAAGGUUCUCUUAAACAUAUUUGAACCCCGCUACAGACUUAUGGUUAGGAGGAUAAUGGAAGGAAAUCACCGGAUGGGAAUGGUUAUCAUUGAUUCUACAACAGGUGUCCCAGCUGAGUUUGGUUGUGAAGUGGAGAUUACUGAAUGUGAUCCACUUCCAGACGGACGUUUCUAUCUAGAGGUUGAAGGUAGGCGAAGAUUUCGCAUAAUCAAUUGUUGGGAUCAAGAUGGGUAUCGAGUUGCUGCAGUUGAAUGGGUUCAGGAUAUUCUUCCACCUGAUAGGACAAAAGAACAAGUAGAUUUACAGGAAAUGUCAAGUAAUGCAGCUAAGUAUGCUCGGUUGUGGAUAAAGAGGGCAAAAGAAGCAGCAUGGCAAGAUAGAAGACGACUUGCUGAACUCUGUCAUGCUGAAGCGAUGAUGCCCACACCACAGGAUCCUGAGCUCUUCAGUUUUUGGCUUGCUGGUCUAUCAAACCGGAGGCCACCAGAAAGAUUGGAUCUCCUGUAUAUACGAGACACAAAAGAGAGGAUAAGGCGUGGACUCAUUUAUAUGAGAGAUGCAGAACAGGGCUGUCAAGUGCAACCACUCUAUGUGUGCUCUUCCAGCACCACCACCACCAUCACUACUGUUUUGACGCCACCAUUCUUGAUAGCGUGGUGCGAGGUGAUGGGAGGAGGAGAUAUGUAUGGGGUGUCGGUGCCUCGGACCUUCUCCUCCCUCUCCCUUCUUUUCCUUUCUGUCCUCCUCUUCAGCUUCACAACCCCCACUGACGCAAAAGAUGACAAUUCUUCUUCCUCUUCUGCUUCUUUGAAGUACACUCCUGAUGAUAAUUACCUCAUCAACUGUGGCUCAUCCCAUAGCACCAGGCUUGAGGAUGGCCGGACUUUCAAGUCUGAUCCUGAGUCAGCCUCUUAUCUUUCGACCAAUGAAGAUGUGCAGACUACUGUGAAUUCUAUUUCCGUUAGUGACUCUUCUUCUAUGUCAUUGACCUUGUAUCUGUCUGCAAGGAUCUUCCCUGAUCAAUCCACCUACAGUUUCUUCAUUGCUCGGCCGGGCCGGCAUUGGAUUCGACUUUACUUUUAUCCACUUCUUCACCCUCUGUAUGAUUUAACCGCUGCCGUCUUUACUGUCAGCACCGAUAAGGUUGUCCUUUUACAUGACUUCUCAAUGAAGGAUAAUACUACGUUGAUGUUUAAGGAAUACCUUGUUAACAUCUCAUCCAACAGAGUCUUCCUCAGGUUCUCUCCCAAGAAGAAUUCUUAUGCAUAUAUCAAUGCUAUCGAGCUUGUCUCUGCGCCUGACUCUCUGAUCUCAGAUUCAGCGUCUGCAGUUUCACCAGUUGGGAAUUUCAGUGGCUUGUCUAAUUAUGCCCUAGAGAUAUCUUAUAGGUUGAAUGUUGGAGGGCCAUUGAUAACUUCUGCAAAUGAUUCAUUGUCCAGGACAUGGGAACCUGAUAAUGAGUUCAUGACCUUCCCACAAGGGGCUCAAAAUGUUUCUGUUUCUCCCAAGAUUAUUGAGUACCCGGAGGGUGGGGCCACCCAACUCAUUGCCCCAAAUUGGGUCUAUGCAUCAGCAGACGAGAUGGCGGAAUCCGGUGUGUCAGAGCCUAAUUUCAACCUCACUUGGAAGAUGAGUGUUUCUCCAGGCUUCUCCUACUUGAUCAGGAUGCACUUCUGUGACAUUGUGAGCAAGAGCCUCAAUGACUUAUACUUCAAUGUAUAUAUUAAUGGGAUGAUGGGCGUGUCGGGUCUUGACCUCUCGACCCUCACCUCAGGCCUUGCUAUUGCUUACUAUAAGGAUUUUGUGCUCAAUGCCACAGCCAUCACAAAUGGUUCCAUAAUGGUUCAGGUUGGCCCGGCUUCUAACCUUGGUUCAGGCCAAUCAAAUGCCAUUCUUAAUGGCUUGGAAGUCAUGAAGAUGAGUAACAUGGCAGGAAGCUUGGACGGCUUAUUCAAUGUUGAUGAGUCAUUCAAGGGGAGUUCAGGAUCAAAGAAAAUGAAGAUUCUUGCAGCUGUCGGUUUGAUCAUGGCCAUAACAGCAAUGCUGUUGCUUGGAAUGGUUUUUUUUCGGUGGCAGAAGAGGCCAAAAGACUGGGAGAAGAAAAACAGCUUCUCAUCAUGGCUUCUACCUCUACAUGCCGGCCAGUCUAGUUUCCUGUCCAGCAAGAGUGGAUCCCAGAGAUCAAAUUUGUAUGGCUCUCACAAGAGCAAGAGUGGUUACUCUAGCUUUUUGUCCUCCGGACUUGGUCUUGGUCGGUUAUUCUCUUUUGCCGAGCUUCAAGAUGCGACCCGUAAUUUUGAUGAGAAGGCAGUGAUCGGUGUUGGUGGAUUUGGGAAGGUGUAUCUUGGGGAGUUGGAAGAUGGAACCAAGCUUGCCAUUAAGCGAGGAAAUGCCAAUUCAGAGCAAGGUAUAAAUGAAUUUCAAACAGAAAUACAAAUGCUGUCAAAGCUCCGGCAUCGCCACCUUGUUUCACUUAUUGGGUACUGUGAUGAACAAUCGGAGAUGAUCCUCGUUUAUGAAUACAUGGCUAAUGGCCCGCUUCGUGACCACAUCUAUGGUUCAAACCUGCCCCAUCUCUCUUGGAAACAACGGCUGGACAUCUGCAUUGGUGCUGCUCGGGGGCUGCAUUAUCUCCACACUGGUGCGGCACAAGGCAUAAUCCACCGGGAUGUGAAGACCACCAACAUUCUUCUGGAUGACAACUUUGUCGCAAAAGUUUCGGAUUUUGGCCUCUCAAAAGCUGCUCCCACAUUGGAACAAACCCAUGUGAGCACAGCCGUGAAAGGCAGUUUUGGAUAUCUUGAUCCGGAGUACUUCAGGAGGCAGCAGCUCACAGAAAAAUCGGAUGUUUACUCUUUUGGGGUUGUCCUUUUUGAGGUGUUGUGUGCUAGGCCUGCUAUAAACCCAGCACUGCCAAGGGAGCAGGUUAAUUUGGCUGAGUGGGCAAUGCAGUGGAACAGGAAGGGCAUGAUAGAGAAGAUAGUUGAUCCUCAUAUUGCCGGCACUGUCAGCUCGGGAUCUCUGAAGAAGUACGUGGAAGCAGCAGAGAAGUGUUUGGCAGAACAUGGGGUGGAUCGGCCCUCUAUGGGAGAUGUAUUGUGGAACUUGGAGUAUGCUUUGCAGAUGCAGGAGGCAUCCUCACUAAUUGAUCCUCUGGAUAGCAGUGCAAAGCUUAUUACUUUGGAACCAGGCAAGGAGGAGCCUAAAGGGGCUGCAUCAACCCCAGUCAGUGAUGAUUCUGAAGUAACAGUAGGGUCUCCCGUAUUUUCUCAGACUGGGUUUCAGGGAAGGUAAAAUCCAGAGGCAAGAAGAUUUGAAUACUAUUAGUUUCACUUUGGCAGAAACCUUGAUGCAGUCUGCAGAAAAGGGCACAAGUUCUGAAUUGAUCUUAAAUUCCUUUCAGCUCUCACCUCUUUCUUCACAAAAUCAAUCCUAGCAAGACACGUCACUUGAAUUUCUAUUAUGGAUUUGGUUCUCUCUAGAUUGUG